AUGGUGCACACACUCUCUCUAAUGGCUUCUCACAUCUACCCUUCACCCCUUGCCUUCCCCACAACACAUGUUAAGGAGUGUCAAACUUUUGCACCUUCUUCUUUAGCAAAACCAGAUAUGCUCAAUUGUCAGUAUCCUUUUCUUAACUCAAGUCAAUUUGGAAAGCCCGUUAAAACCCGAAAAAAUUGGUUUGAUGAAACUCAGUUCGUCAAUGUUGAUUCCUCGCCCCAAUGGCAUGUAUCAAUUGAUGCACAAGAAUCCUGUUCAAAUGCAGUACUUUUAGGCUUUGGCAUUGUUGAGCAAUGUACUAAGCAUGAUACAGUUUCAAAUCUCCUAAAAUCAGGAACUGCUGAGUCACGGGUAGAUGGUGCAAAUAUAUCCUUGUUAUUAGACUUGAUGAAAUUGCAGUUGUCAGCCAUUAAUGAACCUCACCAACCAUUCUCAUCUGACUCGUCGUCUCUUUUAUACCUUAAUGACAAAUUCAACAUCAAGAAACCUUUUCUGUAUUUUCUUCAAGAUUUCGCACUUACUUCAAAGGUUACGGUUCAUCUUGAUGGCCAAAUCACAUUUAUGGGUGCUGAAAUUCAGAUGAAAGAUCUUCUUUCUGUAGUUGCUGAGUCAUAUUUGUCAAAGAGAUUACAUAAGGGUGAAAAGCUCUCAGUGCUUGUUCCACACUUCAGCAGGGUGAAUAUCAGUGAAGCAGAAGUACAGAGUCAUUCAUCUACAAUGAAGAUAAAAUCUACCUUAACCGCUCCUUUAAGGAGUCCUGGGAAAGUCAAACUCAAACCAUCAAAAAAAAAAGAUCAUAACAAACUUAACAGUAGCCUAACAAAAUUACUAACUGACUUAUAG